AUGAGUUCCAGUCGUGAGCAGAUGUCAGUACAAAAAAGGAACAGUGGACACGGUCAGCCUACUCCGGACUCCAGCACUAGCGGUAUAUCUUUUGUUCCUCAAUUCAUGCCGCCGUUCACGCCUGAGUUACUCGGUGCAAUGCAGACCCUACCGAACUUGCAGAUAAGCCUGGGGGAAAUAACGGAAUCUUUAAAGGCAAUUAAAGGCUUAACACAAGAUAUAAGUAAUAUAAGGAAAGAUCUAUGGGAGGAAGAUGGAUUUGAUUUUCGUAUAUGUCAUGUUGCUCAACAACAGGAGGAGAACAUCGACAAUAUUCAGAUGCUUCAGCAGGAAAACAAAAUGUUAAGAGAAGAUGUCAACAUGUUAAAAUCAGUUGUCAUUAAUUUAGACAGAACAGUCAGAAAACAGCGAUCUGAAAUUACAGAUUUAAAGUCAAGGUCAAUGAAUCAGAAUAUUCUUAUUCACAAUCUACCAGAAGAGGAAGAUGAGGAAAAUUUAUUUGAGAAAAUCCCCCGUCUCAUAAAGGAGCAUUUUGGAGUGGACACUUCCUUCGCAAACAUUCAUAGAAAUGGGCCAAAAACUUCAGGUAAACCACGAAUUAUUACUGGCAGACUUUCAAAAUUCAGUGAUAAAGAAAAAAUUCUCCAAGCGCAAAGAGAACUAAACAAAAGAGAGCGGGAAGCCUCUGACCAGACGGAUCAGACUGCAGAACCAAAGUCACCCGAAAGAACCUUUUACGUCACGCCACAGAGACCAAUAGAAGUCGCGGAAAACCGAAAGAAACUUCAGGAAAUAAAUGAUCAGUACUGGAAAGAGAAAGUGAAGACACGAUUCGUAGGAGACAAGCUAGUAUUUCCUAAUGGAAAUGUGUACAGAGACAAAGUAUUGAAACCAAAGCCAGAAAAUAUACUAGAUAUUACCAAAGCAGAUAAGGAAAAGCUUCAGCAGAUUCCUAUGUCUACCAUUGAUUGCUCAGACGAAGGAAAUACUUUCAAAGCAGCCGCAGCAACAACAGAUACAUACAACCAGGUUAGAAACUUUUACAAAAAAAUUGUUAUAGACCCAUCAUACGCAACGGCAGAACACAAUAUUUUAGUGUAUCGUUUCAAAGAUGGUAAUGGCGCAAUCCACGAGGGUCACAACGAUGACGGUGAGUACGGUGCAGGAAGGCGGCUUAUUCAAAUUCUACGAUCGAUGAAUGUUACAAACAUGACAUGCGUGAUUUCCAGAUUCUAUGGGAAACAUUUGGGCUUUCGCAGGUUUCAAAUCAUGGAAAACUUGAUGGCAGACAUUGUUCUUGAACAUAGUGGCUAA